UAAGCGCGUGAGGGCGUUGCUCACCGAUCCGCUUUCGAUUCGAAUUGUCGCCCGGGCAAUAUAAGCCAACGCCCACUCCCGAGUCCCGCCGCCACUCUCUUCCCCUUCCAUCCUUCCACCACUCGCUAGGCAGGUUAGCCGCCAUGGCCGGGCAAAGCGCGCUCCGCCGCUGGAAGCCGUUCUUCGCGGCGUUCGGUCACGUCGACGCCGCCAUCGAGGACGCCGGCCCGGGGCUCUCCCGCGACAAGUUCCGGCUCGUCAGGGGCCAGAUCGUCGAGUUGCUCUGCGACGCUUCGGACGACGGCAAGGCGGAGGAGCUGUGUCUCGUGCUCGACGACGCGAUGGCCCUGUCGCUCGUCACGCUGCAGGCGGUGCCCGCGGAGGUGGUGCCGAGGAUCCUGGCGUCGUCCGCCGACCUCGCCAAGGCCAUCGCCGCGCUAAGGGAUCACGAGUCGGAGCGCGUUCGCGGCCUCGCGCGCGACGUCGUCCGCGGGUGGAGGGCUUCCAUUGAGGACGAGAUCAAUAGGGCCGAGGCCGCCAUGGAGAAGCUGGAUGCUCUGCCCGAGCCUCUGCCUCCCGAGAACACGGGGCACCACUUCUCCGACGGCCACAGCGACAACGUGCCCUCGGAUCAUGACGCGAAGACGAAGAACCAAGCCAAGUUCCGAGAGAGCCAGCCGUACCCCAAGAAGAUAGUUCCCGUCGGCGCCAGCUGCUGUCGUGUCAAGGCGGCAGAGAUCUUUGAUCCGUUGCUAAAUAAGACAGCACUGGUUGCUGGCAGCGAUCGCGCGAGGAUGGAGAACACAAAAGCUUCAACCAAGAUUGCACAGCCGCUACCCAAUAAGGCGCCGCCUUUCCUUGGCCACGCCGCCGGCGACGACCGUGUAAUGCGUUCCAAUCCCGAGAAGAAGAUGGAGGCUACAAAGCGCAAGCUGCACGAAGGCUACCAAGAAGCGGCGGACGCGAAGCGGCACCGAAAGAUCCAUGUCAUCGAGGUGCCGAAGAUGCUGGAACAGAGGCAGUGGCAGAUGCACCCCAUCAUGCGGGAGCGGAGCCAAGCGCGAUACGCGAGCUCCACGGCCGUGAAGCGUUCUUUGAUGCCAUCGUUUCAUAGAGUUUAG